ACACGCACAAAACAAAAAACCCGAAACAAUUGUUGUCAUCGUCAGAUGUUUUUUGACGUUUCUCUUUUGUCUUUCUUUUGUUAACACGCGAAUCGUUUUAACGAUUGCAGCCGGGUACUAACGUUUUAAAAAAAAAGUUUUUUUUAGCGGUCACAACUAAAACAAACAACAACAAACAUCAUGCCUCCCAAGAAACAUGAAGAACCUGAACGUAAACCCUUGAUUGGUCGUAUUGGUACUAAUCUCCGCAUUGGUAUCGUUGGUGUACCCAACGUUGGCAAGUCGACAUUUUUCAAUGUCCUAACCAAGAGUGCAGCACCAGCUGAGAAUUUCCCUUUCUGUACCAUCGAUCCCAAUGAGAGUAGAGUUCCAGUACCCGAUGAAAGAUUUGACUAUUUGGUUAACUACCAUAAGCCAGCCAGCAAAGUUCCUGCAUACUUAAAUGUAGUCGAUAUUGCCGGUUUGGUUAAGGGUGCUGCCGAAGGUCAAGGUUUGGGCAAUGCUUUCCUUUCACACAUUAACGCUUGUGAUGCUAUAUUCCAUUUGUGUCGUGCUUUCGAUGAUCCCGAUGUCACUCAUGUCGAAGGUGAAGUUGAUCCCGUACGUGAUUUGGAUAUUAUUUGUGAAGAAUUGCGUUUGAAGGAUGAAGAGAAAUUAAUGCAAUAUUUGGAAAAGUUGGAAAAAGUUGUUGCCCGUGGUGGUGAUAAGAAGCUAAAGCCAGAAUAUGAUUCGCUUUUAAAGAUCAAGGGAAUUUUGGUGGAUGAGAAAAAACAUUUAAGAUUUUCUGACUGGAAUGCUCAUGAUAUUGAAAUCUUAAACAAAUACUUGUUUUUGACCUCUAAACCCUGUAUUUAUUUGGUCAAUUUAUCCGAUAAGGAUUUCAUACGCAAGAAGAACAAGUGGUUGCCUAAGAUUAAGGAAUGGGUUGAUAAACAUGAUCCCGGUGCCACCAUUAUACCCUUUUCGGGUGCCUUUGAGCACACAUUGGCCGAAAAAGAUGAUUUGGAACAGAAAGCCUAUGAGGAAGAGACUAAAUGCAAAUCACAAUUAGACAAAAUUAUUGUUACCGGCUACAAAGCUUUGCAAUUGGAAUACUUCUUUACCGCUGGUGCUGAUGAAGUCAAAGCCUGGACCAUACAAAAGGGCACUAAAGCUCCCCAGGCUGCCGGUCGUAUUCACACCGAUUUCGAAAAGGGUUUCAUUAUGGCUGAAGUUAUGCAUUUCAAGGACUUUAAGGAGGAAGGAUCCGAAGCGGCCUGCAAAGCUGCUGGUAAAUACCGCCAACAGGGACGUAACUAUACAGUGGAAGAUGGUGAUAUUAUAUUCUUUAAAUUUAAUGCCGGUGCUGGCCUUAAGGAUGCCAAAAAGAAAUGAUACCGUAUGGCUAUGCUUUUAUUUACAAUGUUUUAUUUUAAUUUGAUUUUUUACACUCAAAGCUUUUUUAGUAGAAAUAUUUCAUAAACUCAUUAUAAACUCAUAUAAAUGUUUCUCAUUUAAAUAUGUGAAAAUAUAAUGUUUUGAUAAAAAAAAACAAUGAAGAAGAAGAAAUUUGCUAAAGGAGUGAUUUCCCAUAUAUAAUUUGCUAUGUAUUUGUGACCAAUAAAGAAAGAAGGACAAACUAAA